AUGGAAAGUAUUUAUAUUAUUCUUCUUUUUUUACUUCAUUUAAUAUGUUUCAUAAAUACAACAAAUGAUUUAAUCUAAGACCUUUUAGACAUAGAGGAUCAAAAAUGUUACGCAGUAGCAUUAGAUGCAGGUUCAUCGGGAACAAGAGCAAACAUUUAUAAUAUCGAUUGCUUUAAGCAAUACUAUGUCCCAAAUUUAGAUUACAGAAGUUCUGAAGUCUAAAAAUAAAAGGAAUUUCCUCGUUUAGCCCAAUUUCAAACAAAAGUAAAUUUAUUAAAAGUAGAUUUAUUUAUGCCAAUAUUCAAUUACUUAAACUCAAUUAUAGAAAGCCCUAAAACAAGAAAAAGAACUCCUAUAAUGCUAGGAGCAACCGCAGGGAUGAGAUUAUUAACACCAAAUCAACAAUAAUAUAUAAUAAAUGAAUCAAUAACUAUAUUGAGUUAAUCUGAAUAUUAUUUUCCAAAUGACCCAAAAGAAUAAAAAAAAUGGUGCCAAAUAAUUACAGGACCUUAAGAAGGUGCUUAUUUGUGGUUAAAUAUGAAUUAUUUAUUGGGAAAUUUAAAUAUGGAAAAUUUAAAUAAAUAAAAUACAGUUACUACUAUUGAUAUUGGUGGUGCUUCUUCUCAAGUAGCAUUUGUUCCUAUAGAAAAUAGAGUUGAGAAAAAUAACUAGAAUAUGGAUAUGGAUAUUAUUUUGGAGAAAAUGGAUUAUAAAAAAUUACGUAGUUAUACUUUUUUGGGUUUUGGAGUAAAUUAAGCAAGAUAUAAUAUUAUUAAGUCUGUUAUUAGUAAUAGUGAAAAUAUUAAUUUGGUUUAAAAUAAAAAAAAUAAUGAAAAAAUUAAUGUUUAUUUCCCUUGUGCUAAUAAUGGAUAAAAAAUCAAACUUCCAGAAAACCAUUAAAUAUAUGCAGUAAGUAAUGCUAGUGAUUCUGCUAAAUUCCUUAAAUUUAAAAGAGAAUUUAAAAUGUAAGAUUAUUAUGAAAAGCUAGAGUAUUUAUAUUAGAUGAAUUGGUAGUAAGUUAAUUUGUAAUUUUGGGGCGAUAAAAAUUUAUAUGAAAAAGUUUUUAACGCAGCUUAUGUUUAUACUUUGCUAUAAGAAGUUUAUAAUCUUAAAUAUGAUUAAAUUGUAAAUGUACCAGAUAGAGUUGAUACUAUAUAUCCUGGAUGGGACCUUUCUUAUCUUAUGAUAAGAAUAGGAAAUAAGAAUAGUUAACAUGACAAAAAUUAUCAUAUUUAAGAUCCUUAUGAAAAUUGA